AUGGCUGAUGAAUCCCAAGAUGCAUCCUUCACGUCUUUUUGGCACCGAUCUGUUGAUAAAAUCUCAUCUCAGAAGGUCAAAUUUAUGCCAAAUAUCACGAGACUUAAGACUUCCAAGGACGAGAAUAGCGAAAUAAAAUCCGGCACAUCUCAAAAACAACAUAGACGAGCUCAAGUCCGACGAGCUCAAAUAGAACAUCGACAGCGAAAACAGAACUACGUCAAGCAUCUUGAGGAAGAUGCGAUACGUCUUCGCGGGAUGAUUGCCACAACAAAAGACGAAAGUUCGGCCCUGGUGAAAGAAAACAAAGCAAUAGAAUCGACUUUAUUAGCUUCAGGUAUUAAGAAUCUUUCGAGUCUGAAAUCACAAGACCCAGGUUCACCUGCAAACAAGCCGAUCAAUAUGCCUCUCCAACAAGGAUAUGAUUCACUUCGUGGCCUUACCACCCCUGAUUCAACGCAAGGGACAAAACCUACCAUUAGAACAGUCGACUACGAGUCAGAAAAUAGUAGACUUUCAUGCUAUAUCAGUGAUGUGCUCACUCAGGACAGUGAUCCACUCACCAACUACUUCUCCGACAAUCAUGAUGUACCAUAUCCGAGUACUUCAUCUAGUUCUCAUAUCAAUAUUCGAUUCGACGAGUUUCUAAAUGCAUCUUGCCUUCAUCUUAGCGCGUCAUCCGACAGUUCUGCUAAAAAACAUGGGGCAAUUGAUCUUUCCAAACCCCUACCACCACUUCCUGGUCAAGUGUCGAUACCUGCAAAUGUAGUAUGGAAACCAUCACCUGACAUGUCGCUUAUAGCGAUCAAUUUCAUUCUUGCUCUCGAACACCCAUGUCGUACCCACUUUCACCAUUUUCCAGAGACACCUCUCCCUUUCGAUCCCGCCGGGGAUCCAUCCGGUCACGAGCUCAUGGCCUCAACACAUAUCUUCGCUCAGGCACCACCUAAAGCAUUUAGUGGAUCUACUUCCGAUAUAUCCUGGUCUUCUUCUUCUGUUUCUCUAGCUCAACUAUAUGCCAUGUCGCAGUCUCUGCCUGUUUCAGACUUUGAGAUUACUCCUGUUCAGGCAUGGUUUAUGAUAGCCGAGAAAUAUCAUAAUGAUAUUGAGAAAGUAGUUGGACCGAGAAAUAUGAAUAGUUUGAAGAGAGGACUGGGUGGUUUAUCACGAUGUUACCAGUUUGGGGCUGUAAUGGAUGUUGGCAGCUUCUGGGAGGUAGUGGAUGACGUUAUGAGACAAAAUGGGAGUUGA